AUAAGGUGAAUGAUACAUUUUCAGAAACUCAGGCUUUUAAUAUUGAGAGAAAAGAUGGCGAUACCAUUAACUUUUGGGUCAAGGCGACUGACAUCAUGGGGAAUACGAAAGUUGACUUGACGAAGAUUUCCUUUGAUUCCAGUCCGCCAGAAAGUUUAAACCCUUCAGGCGUCAUAUUUACGAGGAACGUUAAAAAUGCCACUUACCCUUUCUAAAGUCGGCUACAGGUAGAUGUCUUUGACAGAGAAAGUGGAAUACAUGGAAUUCACGUGGAGCUAAGAUCUUCUGGAAGAAAUUAUAAACUAUUCCAGGAAAUUAAUAUUCCAGGAAACAAAACAGAAGCGGAUCCAGGAUUGAAAGCAGGAUACACAACCUCUGUAGGAAGCUACUUUUAUUACCGCCACACCCUGGACAUAAAUAACUGCUGGUUUGUUGGGUCAAAGGAAAAAAUGGCAGAGGAGUCUGUCUUACUGAAUCUGGCUGUAUAUAACAUGGCUAUGAAACCUGCGUUUUACAGUUCAAUACUGACAGAUUUGUCCUCGCUGGACGGAAUGGAUGAAUACCCUGACCCAAUUAAUUUAACCAUAACUGAAACCUUUGACAAUGGUGUUCGUCUGAACUGGACCAUGCCCUCAACUUGUUACGAGAUGUCAACGGUUGUAGUAGAGUUCCGUUCAUCCAAUGACCGAGUUCAUGUCCUACAUGUAGAGCCAUACAACGACUGGCUUGAUUUGACAGAUUUGGACCCCGAAACAAGUUACAACAUGUCUUUUGUUACAGAAUAUGGAACACAAAGAAGCGAUCCAGUAUUUCUACAAUUUCGAACUUCUGCUUCCAAAAAUGGAGUGGUGGCUUAUGCUCAAGCUAAGGAGCUUCU